AUGUCAGCAACACAACGAAUUGAAUUAAAAGGAAAUAAUAUUAUGUUUAAUUUCAAUUCGUUUAAAGAACAAGUAAUGAAAGAAUAUGAUUUAGGAAAUUCUUUCAAAAAAAUUAUAGAAAGAAUUGAAAGAUAUGAUGGAGAAGAAAGAGUUGAAGAACUUGAACGAUCUCUGAGAGAAAUUGAUUCAAUUCUGAAGGAAAAAAGAAUUCGGAUAGAAGCUGCUGAGAAUUAUUUAAAUUAUAUAAAUGAAUGUAUUAAUGAACGAAGAAAAGAGAAAGAUGAACGGUUAAAUGAAUUAAGAAAGGAAGUUUCUAUUCUCAAGGGAGAAGGUGGAAUAAAAAGAAAAAAAAAUGACUUUGAAGAACCAAUAAAAUUAAAAAGAUUAAACUCAAAUAGUAUUAAUGAAGCGAGAAUAGAACCAAAAGAUGAUUGUAUUGUAAAAAAUAAAGUAUUAAUUAAAACUGAAAAAAGUGAUGAAGAAGAUGAAGAAUUUGUAUUAAAUGAAAGAAUGUUAAAAAAAUAUGAAAAAAUGUUUGAAGAAAAUGAAGUUGAAACUGUUAAAGAUAAUGUAAAAUAUUUAAUGGAAUGGGUUGAAAUGAAUAAAAUGAGAAUACUUUAUGAUAGUGUUAUUGAUGGAAGUAGUUGUGAAGUGAUUUUUGAUAAAAUUAAAAAAAAACCAAAUAUCUAUGUCAUUAUUAUUGAUAAUAAUGAUAAUGUAUUUGGUGGAUUUAUUUCUCAUUCUAUUAAAGUGUUAUCAGAAAAAGAAGAAGAUGAUAUUGAUAUUAUUGAAGAUAACGACCAUUUUGUCUUUUGUUUAUAUCCAUCAAAUGAUGAAAGAACAACAACAAGAUGGAUCCCUAAAGAUUAUGAAGAAGAUGAAGAACAAACAGAGGAUUUUGAUCUACUAAGUUAUGGUGGAGAUAUUAAAAUUUGGAGUAAAAACGAAUUUAUUAUUUCUAUAGGUAAUUUUUAUCAGGGGUGGAUUGACAUUGCUUCAAUCGGAGAGAAUUGUAGUUACAAUCAUUCAUUGUAUAAAGUAUAUCAGAAUAUGAAUAAAUCAUAUUGUAAUGGUGAUGGAACACCAUUUUCUGCAGAAAGAAUUUUGAUUGUUCAAAUGGGUAAAUGA